GUGUGGGGACCGUGGUGUGCGCGCGGGUGUGACUGCGAGUGUGCGCGCGUGUGUGUGACUGUAUGUUGGUGUGCUUGAGGGUGGUAUGCGCGCGCUCUCGUGCACAUCUCGAGCUCUCUGGUGCCGGUGUCCCCGCGCUCGUCGCUCUCCGCUCCCGCUUCCUCGCCGUCACGGGGCUGAAGCAGGGGACCAGGCUUCAGGAGCGAGAGCUCAGGGACGGAGUCUGGGGGAAGCUUUCCCUGAGCUCCACACUUGAGCUCGGGCCGAGCACUGGAGGCCGCCAGCGCCCCCAGGGUCGCCCAGGAGGGCGGCUACUUGUUGCGUCCGUAACUUUCUCAGAGCUGUGGGCACCGGGAGGACCCUGAAGAAGAAUGGCCAGCUCUGGUUCUCAAGACAUGGUCUGUGGCUCAGUGACAUUUGGGGAUGUGGCUGUUGACUUCUCUCAGGAGGAGUGGGCCUGCCUGGAUGCUACUCAGAGGGUCUUCUACAGGGACAUGAUGUUGGAGACCUACAGCAACCUGGUCACAGUGGUGGGAAGUUCCAUCUCCAAACCCCACCUGAUCACCUUAUUAGAGCAGAAGAGAGAGCCCUGGAUGGUGGUGAAGGAAGAAACAGACAGCCCCAGCCCAGAUUUGGAGUCAGAUUAUGAGGUUCAAAAAAUAUCUGCAGACAAUCAUAAUAAGACUUUAUCCAAAAAGAGCAUAAAGCAUGUAAGUAAACCUUCUGACCUCCAGGGCUCCAGUGUUAGUGAUGGCCCCAACUCUAGUACAAACAAGGAACUACAAAGUUGUCAAGAAGGAAAUGAUGACCAAAAUAUUACUAACAAGGAAAAACUGCCUACUUACACCUGCCAGACUCUGACUCACAGUAUAGAAAAAGCAUAUGAAUGUAAAGAGUGUGGGAAGCAUUUUGAUUGUAGUUCAACUCUUAUUCGGCAUCAGAGUAUUCAUACUGGAGAGAAACCCCAUGAAUGUAAGCAAUGUGGGAAAGCCUUUAGACUCCACCAACAACUUACAAGACAUCAGAAGUCUCACAGUGGUGAGAGACCUUUUGAAUGCAAGGAAUGUGGGAAGUCUUUCAAACACGAAUCCAACCUUGUUCAACAUAGGAUCAUUCAUUCUGGUGUGAAACCAUAUGAAUGUAGUGAGUAUGGAAAAGCCUCUAAUUGUCAGUCAGACCUCAUGGAACAGCAGAAAAUUCAUUCUGGUGAGAAACCCUUUCAGUGUAAGGAAUGUGGGAAGGCCUUCACUGUUCUAACACAGCUCAUCACUCGGACCCGGAACAUUGAUACUGGAGAGAAAUCCUUUCAAUGUAAGCAGUGUGGCAAGAUACUCAAUAGUGGCUCAUACUUUGUGCAACAUCAGAAUGUUCAUGCAGGUGAGAAAACCUUUGAGUGUAAUGUAUGUGAGAAGGCUUUUAGGCUUCAGGUAUUCCUUUCUGAGCAUAAGAAAACUCACACUGUUGAGAAACCUUUCAAGUGUAAGCUGUGUGGGUCAGCCUUCAGACGUAAGUACCACCUUACCGAACAUCAGAGCAUUCAUACUGAUGAGAAACCCUAUCAGUGCAAGGAAUGUGGCAAAUACUUUCGUCGACGUUCAAAUUUUACUGUGCAUCAGAGUAUCCACACUAAUGUGAAACCUUUCAAGUGUAAACUCUGUGGGUCAGCUUUCAGACUUCAGUCUCUCCUUACUCAACACCAACGAAUCCAUACUGAUGAAAGACCAUAUCACUGCAAUGAAUGUGGGAAAAACUUCCGUCGACGUUCAAAUUUUACUGAGCAUCAGAGUAUUCACUCUGGAAAGAAACCCUUCGGUUGUAAGGAAUGUGGGAAAGCCUUUAGACUUAAUAUACAUCUCAUUCGCCACCAGAGAUUUCAUAGUGGCGUGAGAUCUUUUGAAUGUACAGAGUGUGGAGAGGCCUUUCGUCUUCGUGCCCAUCUAAAGAGCCAUAAAAUAAUUCAUUCAAGUGAAAAACUGUUUGAAUGCAAGGAGUGUGGGAAGUCCUUCAAGCGAGUCUCCACCCUUGUUCAACAUAGGAAUAUUCAUGUUGGUGUGAAACCAUUUGAAUGUAAUGAGUGUGGGAAAACCUUUAAUCGGCGCUCAAACCUCACGCAACAUCAGAAAAUUCAUUCUGGCGAGAGACCCUUUCAGUGUAAGGAAUGUGGGAAGGCCUUCACUGUUCUGGCACAGCUCACUCGGCACCAGAACAUUCAUACCGGAAAGAAAUCAUUUGAAUGUGAGCAGUGUGGCUCAGCCUUCAGACUUCAUUACCAACUUACUCAGCAUCAAAAAAUUCAUACUGAUAUCAAACCCUAUCAGUGCAAGGUAUGUGGGAAAGGCUUUGUUCGUGGUACAGGCCUUAGAAUUCAUGAGAAAACCCAUACCGGUGAGAAGCCCUUUCUGUGUAAGGAAUGUGGGAAGUCCUUCCGAAUUCAAUCUGAACUUACUCAACAUCAGAGAAUUCAUACCGAUGUGAAACCCUAUCAGUGCAAGCAGUGUGGAAAGGGCUUUGUUCGUGGUAGAGGACUUCGAAUUCAUGAGAGGAUCCACACUGGUGAGAAGCCCUUUCAAUGUAAGGAAUGUGGGGAAACCUUUCGAUAUCAUUACCAAUUUCUUGGCCAUCUUAGUAUUCAUACUGGCAAGAAUCCUUGCGAAUGAAAGAAUGUGGGGAGUACUUUACCCUGAAGAAUACCUUAAAGCACAUCAGAGAAUUCACACUGGUGAGGAACCUUACCAAUGUUAAAAAUGUGAAAAGGCCUUUAGUUGAAAAUCAAGCUUGGUUUGGCAUGCUUACGUUCAUGUUAGUAAAAGCCUUAUGGUAAAGAAUGCGGAAAGGCUUUAGCAUUAAUUCUAAGCUAGUUGUAUAUCAGAGAAUUCAUGCUGGUGAAAAAACCAUACUAAUGUAAGUAAUAUGGGGAAGUAUCUAUAUUUAGUUCCGUCUUCAUAGCACAGUGGAGAAAUCAUACUGGUGUGAAACCCUAGCACUGUAAAGUGGAUUUCAGUUGGAGCUCAGGCCUUCAACAUAAAGGAAUCCAUGCUGAUGUGAAACCCUGUGAAUGCAUCAAGAAAUGUGGAAGCAUUUGUAGAAUUAGUUCAGCUCUAAAACCUCAUCAGAGUCCAUAUAGAUCUGAAACCUCAUGAAAUAAAGAAUGGGAAAGCCUUUAUUAUAAAUGGCAAGCUUAUACUACAUCAGAAAAUACAUAAUCAGGAGUCCUAUGCAUGUAAAGAAUAUAAACAAUUCUUUGGAAGUUUUUCUGAACAUCAGAGUACUCAUACUGGCAAGACUGUAACUGAAGAGUACAUGGAAAGAACUUUAAUUUGCCCUAGAUUUAAAUGUCAAGAUCCUUGAUAUCAAGGAUCUUUUUGCAAAUGAGAAUGUGGGAGGUUUGUUUUUUAUAGGUGAUACUCUGUUGAGAAUGUGUGUGAAUGUCAGAAGUAAUGGAGUGGCUAUCAUGUUCUUGAUUUACUCUCAUCUUAAUUGUAUAAACAUAAUUCCUCAAACACUGCUCACCUGGGACAGUCAGCUUAGGGAGAGUUGUUAUUGGAACCAGGUUUAUCUGAGAUACCUUUCUUGUCACCACCAAUGUUCCCUGGCUCCUGUCUUAUUAGACUGAGUGUUUACUUUCUUUAUACAUAAUUUGUUAAUGGUGAGCACAGUACCAGCCAAAGUUGUGGGGAAAAGGGUCAUAAUAAAUAAUAAAAUUCUGGAAAGAAUAUUUGGCUCAUUCCCAUGUUCUGUAAAGUAGAUUUUAUAUUGUUCUCCAUUUUAUUGGCAUUACUGUAACUCAUAUGAAAGGCAAGUGUAUUGCAGAUAGUUUAGAAAAGCAUCAUGCAUUCAUCCACUGUUAAAUUUAAAGUCAUUCUGGAUAAAAUCUGGUGGAUGAAAAGGAACAUGAGAAGAUCUUUAUUGAGAAUCCAUUACUUAAAUAUUUGUGUGGAGAUGUUCAAAACAGCUGUUCAUGAAUAAGUACUUUUUAAAGGGGUUAAACCCAUAAAUGUUAAUGCCCUGUAAUUUAUGCUUUCUGCCCAGAUGUAAAGAUAAGCUAUACAUUUGUGACAAGGCAAGAAUUUGUCUUCUUGAUGGAGACUAUUGUGGAAAAUUACCCUAAUCUGUUCUCAGAGCCUGAGGUCAAGAUGUGCCUGCUAAUUUAUCUUGACUUGCAUUAAACUACCUGCUUGUACAAAUGUCCCCCUCCAUGUAAAUGUUUAUCUUGGCUUCUGUUAAUCUGCCUGAUUGGGCAAGAGCUCCCCAUUCAACUGCUGAGCAGGAAAACAGGAUGUGGUUUUUGCAUUAAAUUCUUGGAACUACACUAGUAGUCCCAGUCAACUGAAAUAGACUCAGUUAGCUAUAAACUGUGUCUGAGUGGGCUUUCCUGGUGGGCUCCCCAUAAAAAAAAAUUAAUAAAAACAGCCAAAUAGUCAACAACA